CGCGCUGCACCUCGAUGCAAGACGAAAAACAAAUAUGCGAGGGAGGUGGGUAAAAAGAUAUAAAUAAAGAUAGCGAACGGAGAGAAGAAAAAGGCGGGCCGUCAAUGUCGACGCCAGGGGAAAAGAUGAGGCGAAGUCGAAGAUCGCAAGCAACAGACGAAAGGGAUGAGUUGCAGGAGAGAGCGAGAGAAGAGGGGAGUGGGGGAUGUUUGUGGUGGAGGAGGAGGAGGAUGAGAGGGGAAAAAUGGAAGAAGAGGAAAAAAGGAUGGAAGGAGAAGAAGAAGCAAGGCGGGAAGAGCCAGAAACGUGACGAUCGAUCGGAGUCGCUGCCAAGCUUUCUCAGCCUGUGUGGGGUUCAGCCUCUUUGCUCUCUGGAUCUUACCAUUCUUCUUCUUUCUUUUCUUCUUGGACGAUACAUGUUGUUAUUUACCCCUAGUCUUGGUCAAUCUAUCGCCCCUGGGCUGGGAAUACAAUGGCAGUUGCCAUUUCUACAUUGUGUUGAUCCGCGAGAUUGAUCCAGAUUCCCACCAGCCACUACAUCAAGAGCUUUCUUAUGCGACAACCAGCUAAUUGAAAUGACAAUGUCGGCCCAUCAAUGACCAUGACCCACUGUG